GAGAGCCCACUUCAGUGAAUAGAUACAUUAAACAGGUUUUUUUGACGCCGCCAAAGAAAAAAUCGCUCCAGUUCGUUGUCUGAUUCCGGCACGUUACUUGGUAAAGAAGCCCCCGGAAAUUCCUAAAGAACAUCAUGGAAACUUUGCUAGAACAGCAAAGACGUUACCAUGAGGAACGCGAACGUUUGGUCAAACUCAUGGUCGAUGAGUAUGCCAACAAGAAAGCUAAUGAAAAAGACCGCAUUUAUUCCGAACAUCGGCUAAAGUACCUACUGGACAUGCAUUACAACUCAACGUCAAAGCUAAGAGAACUCUAUGAGGAUAAGGAUAAUGAGAGGAAAGCCGAAAUUCAGGCACUUUCAGGACCAAACGAAUUUAAUGAAUUUUACAAUCGUCUGAAACAAAUCAAAGAAUUCUACAAGAAGCACCCGAGCGAAGUAAGCAUUCCCUUGUCGGUGGAAUUUGAGGAAAUGGUAAAGGCGUACAAUAAUCCUGAUGAAAUGUCUGCCUUGGUGGAAUUUACGGACGAAGAAGGAGGUGGUCGUUACUUGGAUUUGAAUGAAUGCUAUGAGAUGUACAUCAAUUUACGAGGCGUGGAGAAGGUGGACUACAUUACAUAUUUGAUGACAUUCGAUCACGUCUUUGACAUUGCCAAGGAGCGAAAAAACAAAGAAUAUAAAAAAUAUUUGGAAGCUUUAAACGAGUAUUUGCACAAUUUUAUAAUGCGAGUAGAUCCAUUACAUGAUAUUGAAGAAGAGUUGGUGAAGGUUGAGUUAGAAUUUCAAAAGCAAUGGCUACAAGGUACCUUCCCCGGCUGGGCGAGCAAAGAAACCGAGUCGGCCUUGGCAAAUACUGGUGCUCACUUGGAUCUCUCUGCAUUUUCCAGUUGGGAAGAAUUGGCUUCACUUGGGCUGGAUCGUUUGAAAUCUGCACUAAUGGCUUUGGGAUUAAAAUGUGGCGGUACCCUGGAAGAGAGGGCACAACGAUUAUUUUCCACAAAAGGCAAAAAGACAUUGGAUCCUUCGCUCAUGGCCAAAAAACCUUCCAAAAGUACAACUGUACAAUCCAGGGAAAAUGAGCGACACAAGGAAAUUGCGCAAUUGGAAGCUUAUUUAUAUAAAUAUGCCGAACUGGUAUCGGAACAAAGAAGUGCUACCAAGGAAAAUGUUCAACGCAAGCAGGCGCGAACUGGCGGCGAGCGUAACGACAGUGAUGUCGAGGCCAGCGACUCAGAUUUGGACGAUGAUCCAGAUGCCGAUGAUAUUCCAUAUAAUCCCAAAAAUCUUCCUUUGGGUUGGGAUGGCAAACCUAUACCAUAUUGGUUGUACAAACUGCAUGGCUUGAAUAUAAGUUACAAUUGUGAAAUAUGUGGCAAUUAUACAUACAAAGGACCGAAAGCAUUUCAGCGCCACUUUGCCGAGUGGCGUCAUGCUCAUGGAAUGCGAUGUUUGGGUAUACCGAAUACAGCGCAUUUUGCCAAUGUAACACAAAUUGAGGAUGCUAUUACGUUGUGGGAAAAAUUAAAAUCGCAAAAAACAGCGGAACGUUGGAUAGCAGAUCAAGAGGAGGAGUUUGAAGACUCCCAAGGCAAUGUAGUGAAUCGUAAAACAUAUGAGGAUUUGAAGAGGCAAGGUUUGCUUUAAGUAAAUUUAAAAACACCAAUAUGGGACUAAAAA